AUGAAAUUAUUUAAAGUUUGCAAUUCCAAAUUAUGCAUUAUUGGCAGAAUAUAUGUAAACAUUGAUUCUAUUGAUCUAUCUAUCUCAGAGUGUUCAUAUCUAUCUAUUUUCCCAUAUAUUUAUCUUUCUCAGUCUUUUCUUACCUCACUUUGUUUAUAUCUAUCACCAUCAGUUCAUAUCUAUCUUUCUAUCUAUCUAUCUAUCUAUCUAUCUCUUUCAGUCUCUCCAUUAUCUAUCUAUCUAUCUAUUUAUCUAUCUAUCUAUCUAUCUAUCUAUCUAUCUAUCUAUCUAUCUAUCUAUCUAUCUAUUUCAGUCUCUCCAUUAUCUAUCUAUCUAUCUAUCUAUCUAUCUAUCUAUCUAUCUAUCUAUCUAUCUAUCUAUCUCAAUAAAUAUUCAAUCUGUUCCUAUCCAUCUAUCUAUCUAUCUAUCUAUCUAUCUAUCUAUCUAUCUAUCUAUCUAUCUAUCUUCAUAUCUAUUUAUUUCAGUGUCUUCAUGCAUAUCUUUCUCAGAAAGAUAAUAUUCAAUCUGUUUUUAUGUAUCUAUUCACAUCUAUCUAUAUAUCUAUCUGUCUAUUUCAGUCUCUUUAUAUCUAUCUAUCUAUCUAUCUAUCUAUCUAUCUAUCUAUCUAUCUAUCUAUCUAUCUAUCUAUUUCAGUCUCUCCAUUAUCUAUCUAUCUAUCUAUCUAUCUAUCUAUCUAUCUAUCUCAAUAAAUAUUCAAUCUGUUCCUAUCCAUCUAUCUAUCUAUCUAUCUAUCUCUCUAUCUAUCUAUCUAUCUAUCUUCAUAUCUAUUUAUUUCAGUUCUCUCCAUUAUCUAUCUAUCUAUCUAUUUAUCUAUCUAUCUAUCUAUCUAUCUAUCUAUUUCAGUCUCUCCAUUAUCUAACUAUCUAUCUAUCUAUCUAUCUAUCUCAAUAUACAGAUAAAUAUUCAAUCUGUUCCUAUCUAUCUAUCUAUCUAUCUAUCUAUCUAUCUAUCUAUUUAUUUCAGUGUCUUCAUGCAUAUCUAUAUCAGAAAGAUAAUAUUCAAUCUGUUUUUAUGUAUCUAUUCACAUCUAUCUAUAUAUCUAUCUGUCUAUUUCAGUCUCUUUAUAUCUAUCUAUCUAUCUAUCUAUCUAUCUAUCUAUCUAUCUAUCUAUCUAUCUAUCUCAAUAAAUAUUCAAUCUGUUCCUAUCUAUCUAUCUAUCUAUCUAUCUAUCUAUCUAUCUAUCUAUCUAUCUAUCUAUAUAUCUAUUUCAGUGUCUUCAUGCAUAUCUAUCUCAGAAAGAUAAUAUUCAAUCUGUUUUUAUGUAUCUAUUCACAUCUAUCUAUAUAUCUAUCUGUCUAUUUCAGUCUCUUUAUAUCUAUCUAUCUAUCUAUCUAUCUAUCUAUCUAUCUAUCUCAAUAUACAGAUAAAUAUUCAAUCUGUUCCUAUCCAUCUAUCUAUCUAUCUAUCUAUCUAUCUAUCUAUCUAUCUAUCUAUCUAUCUAUUUCAGUCUCUCCAUUAUCUAUCUAUCUAUCUAUCUAUCUAUCUAUCUAUCUAUCUAUCUCAAUAAAUAUUCAAUCUGUUCCUAUCCAUCUAUCUAUCUAUCUAUCUAUUCAUCUAUCUAUCUAUCUAUCUAUCUAUCUAUCUAUGUAUUUCAGUCUCUCCAUUAUCUAUCUAUCUAUCUAUCUAUCUAUCUAUCUAUCUAUCUAUCUAUCUAUCUCAAUAAAUAUUCAAUCUGUUCCUAUCCAUCUAUCUAUCUAUCUAUCUAUCUAUAUAUCUAUCUAUCUAUUUCAGUCUCUUUAUAUCUAUCUAUCUAUCUAUCUAUCUAUCUAUCUAUCUAUCUAUCUAUCUAUCUCAAUAAAUAUUCAAUCUGUUCCUAUCUAUCUAUCUAUCUAUCUAUCUAUCUAUCUAUCUAUUUCAGUCUCUCCAUUAUCUAUCUAUCUAUCUAUCUAUCUAUCUCAAUAUACAGAUAAAUAUUCAAUCUGUUCUAUCUAUCUAUCUAUCUAUCUAUCUAUCUAUCUAUCUAUCUAUCUAUCUAUCUAUCUUCAUAUCUAUUUAUUUCAGUGUCAGAUGCAUAUCUUUCUCAGAAAGAUAAUAUUCAAUCUGUUUUUAUGUAUCUAUUCAUCUAUCUAUAUAUCUAUCUGUCUAUUUAUAUAUAUCUAUCUAUCUAUCUAUUAUCUAUCUAUCUAUCUAUCUAUCUAUCUAUCUAUCUAUUUCAGUCUCUCCAUUAUCUAUCUAUCUAUCUAUCUAUCUAUCUAUCUAUCUAUCUAUCUAUCUAUCUAUCUCAAUAAAUAUUCAAUCUGUUCCUAUCUAUCUAUCUAUCUAUCUAUCUAUCUAUCUAUAUAUCUAUUUCAUCUCUUUAUAUCUAUAUCUUCAUCUAUCUAUCUAUCUAUCUAUCUAUCUAUCUAUCUAUCUAUCUAUCUAUGUAUUUCAGUCUCUCCAUUAUCUAUCUAUCUAUCUAUCUAUCUAAAUAUUCUAUCUAUCUGUUCAAUAAAUAUUCAAUCUGUUCCUAUCCAUCUAUCUAUCUAUCUAUCUAUCUAUCUAUCUAUCUAUCUUCAUAUCUAUUUAUUUCAGUGUCUUCAUGCAUAUCUUUCUCAGAAAGAUAAUAUUCAAUCUGUUUUUAUGUAUCUAUUCACAUCUAUCUAUAUAUCUAUCUGUCUAUUUCAGUCUCUUUAUAUCUAUCUAUCUAUCUAUCUAUCUAUCUAUCUAUCUAUCUAUCUAUCUAUUUCAGUCUCUCCAUUAUCUAUCUAUCUAUCUAUUUCAGUCUCUCCAUUAUCUAUCUAUCUAUCUAUCUAUCUAUCUAUCUAUCUAUCUAUCUAUCUCAAUAAAUAUUCAAUCUGUUCCUAUCUAUCUAUCUAUCGAUCUAUCUAUCUAUCUAUCUAUCUAUUUCAGUGUCUUCAUGCAUAUCUAUCUCAGAAAGAUAAUAUUCAAUCUGUUUUUAUGUAUCUAUUCACAUCUAUCUAUAUAUCUAUCUGUCUAUUUCAGUCUCUUUAUAUCUAUCUAUCUAUCUAUCUUAAUCUUAAUCUUAUUAAUGAAAUGUCCCCCUUUCCUGCAGAUGAAAUGUCCCCCUUUCCUGCAGAUAAAAUGUCCCUCUUUCCUACAGAUGAAAUGUCCACUUUUCCUACAGAUGAAAUGUCUCCCUUUCCUACAGAUGAAAUGUCUCCCUUUCCUACAGAUUAA